AUGCGCUUGACAUCACCGCCCGCACCUUUACAUGCACGAGGAGCCGAAAUUCGCACCACAAAACGGUGCAUUGACGUCGUAUCCAGGGAUAGGGUCCUCGUGGGCGGUGAAGCGCACGGCGUGAACGCCUUUGAAUGGAAGUCACUGGGCCCCAAGAAGCGCUCAGUGAACCAGACUCGAGGGGGACCCUCGUACAAUGGAUCUGAGGACGGACCCGUUCGAUUACCGCCUGCGACGAAACAGAUUCAGCGGCUAGCGGGCUUGGCGCUAGGAAACGGAAUGGUCAGUCUGUUAUAUUACGGCAUUUAA